AUGAUGCCUCCCCUUUCUGUUCUCAUAUCCCUGAGUUUGGCUACGAUCGCCCUACCUGCCAUUGCAUCGCCGUUGCAUGAUUCGCUUGUUCGAUCCGGUGCCCACAAAAAGGGCGAAUGCGGCCCUGUGGCUCAGUACUAUAACCCUACGCCGGAAAAGUGGGAUGCAGCCAAUACCGAUGCCUGGCUAAACCAUUGGUGGACUAUUAUGGCCCAGAAGCGGACCAGCAACCACAAUGGCUUUGCUGGUGCCUUCGGUGAGUAUGCCAUAGGCCAGCCGGACUGGUCCUGCAAGGAUGACGGAAAUAAUGGCAACUGCGAUGUGAAUGUUUGUGGGAAUCCGAAAAUAAAUAGCCUUGGAAACAGUACCCAGCAGGCAUUCUACGUUUUGGAGUCUAUCAACCAACUGAAUGGGUUCUUCGAAGGUCUGGACGAGACUUUCGAUAUUGCCGCUAUUGUUGCCGCCCUAGACAACGAUGAGAUUGUCCAGAAUUUCUGGUGGGAUGAAGGCUAUUGGAACGCCCUUAUCUUGAAGGAAAUGUUCAACAUGAUUGGAACCCUCUUUGGGGUUGCUGCUGCUGGGUUGGGAUCCGAAGUCCUUGGAGUAGCUGCCACAAUGGUAGCUGGUGCUGGAGGUGCUGCUAAUAUUGCUAUUUCCCCACAGGACUCUACCGAUAUAACCAACGCGGAACUCGGUCAUACCAUGGCUCAAGCUGUGUCAAACGCCAAGAGUGCAUUUAUAGAUAUCAAUAAUGCCCUCAUGCGUGGUGAUAACUACCAAGGCACUGGUGACAUUCGAAAGUAUCUCCAGAAAGGUGCGUGGGUGAACUACCCGGGUCUGUCAAAAGAUGCAGCCAAAAAUAGCAUGAUCUCUAUGCUUCAGUCCAUGAUGAUCAACUCCCUUUGGCGUAUGCAGCGGGUCUUCAUCCUCGGUGGCGCUUCUUGUGACGAGAAUCAGGGCAUUGGCAACGGCCCGAAGAGCAACCAGGGAGAGAACUACAUCUGUGACGACCAAAAUCGUGCCUGGUACUUAUAUUAUUGGCAAGACAAGCCAGGACCCUUCUCUGACAAGGCAUGGGGCUGGGUUGCUCGGCCUUGGGGCUCCGACAGGAUGGGCAAGUCACCGCUCUGGGAGCAAGAGGGUAACUCAGGUCCUUUCUGGAAAGAUCUCGAUCCCCUAGACGCUAUCAAGUCCUCCGUCAAAUCGUAUGAAGCUGCUGGAAACAAUUACAACCCUCAUACUUUCACUUCUCGAAUGGGCAAGAUAUUCGCCUCUGGCUCGAAUGCCUUCAAAGACGGCGCAAGCAUGGAAGGCCUCUGGACUAUACCCGUCUGCGACAUCAGCGCGACCGUUAAUAACUACCCCUAUGCUCAGAAGGAGUAUAUACUCCAACCUUACGGAUAUGACAAUCGUCCUGUCUGGUGUGGCCCCAUCUGUGGUGGGAACAAGAACAUGACAGCCGACUUCUACAAGAAGGCCAAUUUCAAAGGGGACAUGAAAAAGCCAUUUCUCUAUAGCUGUGCGGAAAACGGUAGGACCUGGAACUGGCUCACUGGACAUGACAGUGGCUAA